AAGGCGGCGCGGCAGUCCCUGGGCUGGGCUCGCCUCGCCUCACACAAACCCCACCUCGGCCGCGAGCUAGGUGCUGAAAGGCUCGGGUGGGGACCGAGGGGGAGGAGGGAUUCCCUCAGGGUCAUUCCCCAACCGCCCUUUGGCGCGGCUCGUAACAGCCCGGAGCCUUUGGCCGAGCCCAGUCGAGCCGCGCCGGCGGAGGCGCUUCUUUGAGUUCCACCUGCUGCUGGGCAGCGGCGUGGCCAGACCCUUCCCGCUUUUAGCUCCUUCCCUCCCGGCCCCACAGGAGCUGUCCCUCCGCCCCCUCGCUUUAUACCUCCCCUGGAACUCCUGCGGAGGGGCUGCAGCGUCAGGACAAGAUAUUUGAUAUUGCAUUGUAUGGAACAAGAAGCUCUGAAAAAGAGAAGGCGUAUAUAAGAAAGGAUGUUUCAUUUGAUCAAAGGAGUUAAAAAAUAUUAUGGUCCUUAUGUCAAUUCAAUUCACAAAGUAGCAGGAUUUACAUUUAAAACACCCAUAUUCAAAAGUUUAUUGUCCUACAGUGGACAACGGUUAAAAUCUUCACAUACCUUUUCUAAACUUAGCUCUGAAAAUGCAGAAUCUUAUAGUUAUAUCAUUGUUGGAGCUGGAUCAGCAGGGUGUGUAUUAGGUAGCCGAUUGAGUGAAGACCCUCUUAGUACCAUUUUACUUUUGGAAGCAGGCCCAAAAGACACCCUUUUAGGUAGUAAAAGAUUAAUGUGGAAGGUUCAUAUGCCUGCUGCAUUAACCUAUAAUCUUUGUGAUGACAAAUAUAAUUGGCAUUACCACACAACACCACAAAAGCAUAUGGAUAAUCGAAUUAUGUACUGGCCCAGAGGUAGGGUGUGGGGUGGCUCCUCAUCUCUCAAUGCUAUGGUAUACAUUCGGGGGCAUGCAGAAGACUACAAUCGAUGGCAUAGAGAAGGUGCCUUGGGAUGGGACUAUGAUUUUUGCCUCCCUUAUUUUAAGAAGGCACAGACUCAUGAGCUGGGCCCUAAUCUAUACAGAGGUGGGACUGGACCAUUGCAUGUGUCAAGGGGAAAGACAAACCACCCUCUUCAUCAUGCAUUCCUGGAUGCAGCCCAGCAAGCUGGCUAUCCUUUCACAGAUGACAUGAAUGGUUACCAACAAGAGGGAUUUGGCUGGAUGGAUAUGACUAUACACAAAGGUCAAAGAUGGAGCACAGCUAGUGCUUACCUUCACCCUGCCAUAACACGCCCAAAUUUAUCUGCAGAAGAUAGAACACUUGUAACAAAAAUUUUGUUUCAAGGAACAAAAGCCAUAGGUGUUGAGUAUGUAAAAAAUGGACAAAAGAAAAAGGCUCUUGCCAGUAAGGAAGUGAUUUUAUGUGGAGGUGCCAUAAAUUCCCCACAACUGCUUAUGUUGUCUGGGGUUGGAAAUGCAGAUGACCUCAAAAAAUUAGGGAUCCCUGUUGUUUGUCACCUUCCUGGGGUAGGCCAGAAUCUUCAAGAUCAUUUAGAAGUGUACAUACAACAGAAGUGCACCAAACCUGUUACUCUCUACAAAGCACAAAAUCCCAUUAACAUGGCAAAGAUUGGCUUAGAAUGGCUUUGGAAGUUUACAGGGGAUGGAGCUACUGCCCACUUAGAGUCUGGUGGGUUUGUUAGAAGUCAGCCAGAUGUUCUUCACCCAGAUAUUCAGUUUCAUUUUCUUCCUUCCCAGGUGAUUGAUCAUGGACGUGUUGCUUCCAAACUGGAAGCUUACCAGGUUCAUGUUGGAUCUAUGAGGAGCACAAGUGUGGGCUGGUUAAAGCUGAAAAGUACAGAUCCAAGGGAUCAUGUGGUCAUUGAACCAAAUUACUUGUCAACUGAAAGAGAUGUGUGGGAAUUCCGUCAAUGUGUCAAAAUAUCCAGAGAGAUUUUUGCUCAGAAAGCUUUUGAAAAAUUCUGUGGUCCUGAAAUUCAGCCAGGAAGUCAUGUACAGUCUGAAAAAGAAAUAGAUGCUUUCAUAAGACAAAAGGCUGAUAGUGCUUAUCAUCCUUCUUGUACCUGUAAAAUGGGGCAGCCAUCUGAUACCACUGCUGUGGUUGAUCCUCAGACCAAAGUAAUUGGAGUUGAAAAUUUGAGAGUUGUAGAUGCCUCAAUAAUGCCCAGUGUGGUCAGUGGGAAUUUGAAUGCUCCAACUAUCAUGAUAGCAGAAAAAGCUGCUGAUAUAAUCAAGGGGCUCCCAUCACUUUGUGAGAAAAAUGUUCCUGUAUAUAAACCUCAAAGCUUGGAAACUCAGCAAUGAACAAAAUGCCAACGCUUAUUUUCCAGAAACAAGAAGCAAUCAUGUGAGCCAGCAAAGAGUUCAGGACCUCUGUGGCUGAAUGUGGAAUGGUAGAAGUUGAUGUUUGCUACUUUUCAUGGGACAAUAAAACUGCUUCUGUGAUUGGGCCCUCAAGUGGUUAAUAGAGAUGUUGUCAGAGGCCUCAAUGGAACCACAAUCCUGGCAAGUGAAAUAAGGGUCUUAUGUUGAAUUUCACUUAGUAUUCACUGUGUGCACGGUUGUCCUUGACAACAGUUAAUAAGCAAGAUGUUCUUCAGCAGAAUCUUCUAUUCUGCAUUGUGUAAAAAGUUAAGCAACUGUGAAAGUUUUUGGAGGAUCAGGGCCCAAUAUUGUGAACAUGCACAUUAAAUCAGAAGUUGAGUUUUAAACUUAAAUGCAAAUGAAUAGUAUUUGCGUAGUGGUAUAAUCAAAUUUAAAGGAUAUCUAUAUUUGAUAUACACAUUGCCUUAAAUAGUCUCUAUAAAAACAGAAGUAGCUGAUUAUUUAAAAUUUAUAUAAUGCUAACUUAAACUCUCCAUGUUCUUUGCAUUUAACUUAAUAAAAGUCAGUUAUUAACGUCAUUUGUUUUGGUUCUGUAAUGCAAAAUGGAAACGUCUUGUUUCACUACUGUAUAUUUAAGGGGGUCGUGAAAGGAGACUCCAUUGCUUUAAAUGGUGAAACAAACUUUAAGGUCUGGAUCAUUUUUAUAGCGUAAACAUUGUCUUACUAAAAAGUUACCUGCCCUCUGAUUUAAGAAAUCUUAUGCCAUAUCAGAUAGAUACUUGUCAAUUAAAUUUGAAUAUUGUGGCUCAUUUACUGUAAGAAUAAAUACAUCUUGGCUUUGUCUACACUGCAGAGUUUUUGUGCAGGAAGCUUUUUGCAGAAGAGAUCUUCCACAAAAACUUCUUGCGCAAAAGCACAUUCUCACCUCACAAGCACAUCACAAAAGCAGUCUUUCAUACUUACAGUAUUUCCUUCCAGCAGCCACACAUCACACCUCAGACACAUUCACCCAGGAACCUACCCCUGCAAUAAACCAUGUUGCCAACACUGGCCGCAGAUCUAUUAAAGUGACACCAACACAGAACCUAACCACAUAAUCCACAACAUCAGGAGCUCAUUCAACUGCACAGCCUCUAACGUGAUAUAUGCCAUCAAGUGCUAGCAAGUCCCUUCUGCCAUAUACAUUAGCCAGACUGGACAUUCUGUACAACAAAGGAUAAAUGGACACAAAUCAGAUAUCAGAAAUGGUAACACACAUAAAUCUGUAGGGGAACAUUUUAAUUUGCCUGGGCACACAAUCAU